AAAUCGGUUGCAGCGGGAGACGAGAGACGCUGUGUCGUCGUCUAUAUAGCCUCCCUCACCUCGCCUCGCCAUCCUCCCCUCUCCCAUCCUUUCUUGUAGCCUCCUUCCCUCCACGCGCGCCCGAGUUCUUGCGACCUCUGAAUCUCCUUCAUCUGGGCGUUCUUGCGAAGCUGUUCGACCGAGGCGAGAUGGGGGACAAGCGGAAGGCCACCGACGACGACAUCCCCGGGGCGGGGACGGAGACUACAGCCGUCGACGACACAUCACAGGCGCCUGCAGAACCGACGGCUACUGCAGCCGGCAGUUUGCAGCCGCUUCCAGGCCCCGCCGGCGCCCCUAUCCAGUUCCUUAGAGGCGGCCGCGGCGGCGGGUCGGGGCACGGGGGAUUCUCUCAGUCGGCACCGAUGACGAUGCUCGAGCAGCCACUGCGCAAUCAAGGCAGUCCGCGUGCGGCGCCUACAGCCGGAGCCGGCGACACUGCAGCACGGGUGUCUUCGGCGACUGUCACCGCUGCAGGGCCCCCCGACGCCUGGCACGGGGGAUUCGCUCCGCCGCUGGGCAAUCCAGCCUACACCGGGGAGUCUUCCACGAGCCACGCGCCGGCAGCCUAUGCGACCCGACCUCCGUCUCUUCCAGCUCUCGGUCACGGGCGCGGGGGCAAUCCUGUUACAGUAACUAGCCUGAGAGACGCCAGCCGGCGCAGAUUACUGGCAAGGCGGCAGCCCGGCAACGCCAGUGCGCCUCAGGCUCAGGGCAUUCCCAUUCCCAGCAACGCCGGUGCGCCUCAGGGCCAGGAGGCAAUCCCAGAUAUGGAGAAGGAGGCAGUCCUGGACAUCGAGCAGGGGGUUCUAGAUGAGCUGGAGUCCUCGAUUCAGCGUCCAGACAUAGACUUUUGCCUUCUCUGCCCGAAGCCGUUGGAGACGCAGACGGUUUUGGUGGUCGAGGGCGAGGACCCCAAGUGGAUCUGCGAGGAUUGCGAAGCCGAUCUGCAGCAGGCUCCGGAUCCGGUCCUUGAGCCGCAGGGCCAGGGGGCAGUCCCGGUGAAUGUCGACGGGGUUUUUUACGAUCGGGCUGCGCUGGAGCAGCACCAGGCCAUAUGGGCGAGGCUGCAGGUGGAGCUGGAGAUGGCGGCCAUUCGUACGAAGGAACGCCACCGCGGCGGCCCGCCACCGCCACCACCGCCGCCGCCGCCAGGGGGGGUCUGCUAGCUUUUCUCAACUCUGGGAGCAGACAGCUUAACUGCUGAGCCUUUUCUGCUGAGCUCUCGUUUUGACAGGACAGAACAGAAUGAUUCCUCUGUGAUGUGGCCAAAUGCGGCAAUGCAUACUUGUAGGACUUGAUACUUGAGUAGAUCGACAAAACUAUAUACUUGUAGGACUUGUUUCCUUAUCACUUAGUAUUUUAGUAACUGAUACUAUAAUACUUGCUGUAGAUCGAUUUCACUCAGUGUAGUGCAGUCUGAUUCGUUAA